GAAAAAAAAAAAGAGAGAAAGUUUCCAAGAUGGCGGAGUAGCCCUGCCUGUCCACUGGAAAACAAUAGAAACAGCACAGAAGGGACAGAGUUAGCCUGUUCUUACUGGACGAAUCCGCUCUCAAACCGUUCACAUCCCGACUCGGGCUCGGCCAGGUGGGGAAGAAUAUCCGCGCCGGGAACCUCGGGAGAAAUAAAUCUGAAGCAUGAUGCUUUAUUUAAACGCUUCAGGCUAGCCACCUAGCCUGCUAGUCGAGCUAACGUUAGCCCGUCUAUCAGAAAACAUAGUGUUAGCAGCUAGCAGCUAACGCUACAAGGAGGCGGAGGAUCAGCUGUUUGCUAGACAGAUGCUGUAGGAAGGAGCGGACAGCAACGCUUUCACAUGAGUGCCGCUGUGACUGAAGGCCAUUAGCAAGACAAAGGUCGCCUCCAUGGAGCCAGCACAGGAGUCUUUGUAAAGGGCGAGGGGGGGUGUAUAUAGACGCCCAGAGUGAAAAAAGAGCCAAAUUCAGCAUUUUAUGGACGAAACCUGAGCCGGGAGCUUUACUAUUAUUGAUGAUGGCGGAUUUUGUUACACCGCGACACAGCGCGGUGAUGGAGAGGCUCCGCCGGAGGAUCGAGCUCUUCCGGCAGCAUCACAACAGCUGCGAGAACCGCUACGAGAACGCGACGCUGGAGCGGCUGGAGCAUGAGAGGCAGCAGACCUUCGCCCUGCACCAGCGCUGCCUGCAGGCCAAAGCCAAGCGGUCCAACAAGCACCGGCAGCCCCAGCCCAGCGGCGACCAGGCCGGACAGAGAGCGCCCGGGAACGGCGGCGGCGGCAGCGCGGAGCUCGGGGAGAGCGGAGGGACGGCGGCGGAGCAGAGCCGGAACAGCACCCUGAUAGCGCUGCAGGAGACAGUGAAGAGGAAGUUGGAGAGUGCCAGUUCUCCGCUGGGCAGAGAUCAGGUCAACGGUUUCAGCGACGGCUUCCCUCCCAACAAGAAGGCCUGUCUGGACAACGGCACCACCAACGGCUCCCCACUGGACUCCAAGCUGGGGAUCAGCGACGCUCUGAGCUCUAACGGGACCCACGCGCAGGCUGGGGAGUCGACGGACGGCGGCAGGGAAGCAGGUUCGGACUUCCAGCGGAAAGAGAUGAAGCAGGAGCCCGAUGACAUCCUGCCCAUCAUGCCGCCGUCGGGAGGAGGCAACAACAGCCUGUUCCCCGACCUCAACCUGAACGAGCAGGAGUGGACGGAGCUGAUGGAGGAGCUGAACUGCUCUGUGGCCUACGAGGACAUCCAGGACAUUCUCAAUGAUGGGUUUGAGGACCGUAAAGACCCUCUGGAGCUGGUGCCGACUCCAGGUGGUGCUGGGACAGGAGCAGGAGGAGCAGCAGGUGGUGGGGGAGGCCAGUCCUCACAGGGUCUGCUUCCUCCAGAUCUGGCCAGCGUUAAGACGGAGUUCUCCCCGGCCUCGGUGGCUUUCGAGCAGGACUCUCGCACUGGCUCCCCCCAGGUCAGGUCCACCUCCUCUGGGCCGCCUCCUCACCCAACCAGCUCGCCAGUCGCCUCCUCCUCUGCCUCUUCCCCAGCUCUGCCACCAUCCCAGCCAGCUCCUCCACCUAGGCAGCUUCAGCCUCCCCCCAACCACCUUCUCCCUCCAGGACCCCCGGUGCCCAAAGACCUGUCCCCCGCCCAGCAGCUCCAGCAGCUGGCUGCCCAGCAGCAGAGAGCCCAGCACCUCCACGGCCAGAUGCAGCACAAACAGCCACAGCCGGGGACCAAGUUCCACAACCAAGGGCCCCAUGCCCACCCCCCGCCUUGGCCCCAGAUGGCCAACACCUCUCAGAGCCCACUAGGGGGUGCGUUUGGUAUGGACAAACCCACGAGCCCCUCCCUGUACCCACAGGACUUCAACCCCAACGCUCAGAAGCAGCUGCUGAUGCCCGGUCAGCCCAACAAAAGCUCUCCCAAGGCGGGGGCCGGCAGCUACAUGCCGGGGCCCACUGGACACCCCAACAUGAUGGGUCACCCGAAGUCAGGGCCGCCCCUCAGUCACCAACCGGCACCAGGGGCUCAGGCCUCAGGCGCCAUGCCGAACUACAACAACACCAAACCUCUGACGCACUUUGAGGCGCCGCGGCCCCCCAACACCCAGAGCCAGGACAAGGCGGCCCUGCUGACGCUGCUCAGACAGCAGCAGAUCAAACAGAAGAAUAGCAUGAACUUCCGCCAGCACAUACCGCACUCACAGGACCAGAACUCCUACCCUGCUCCCCCACACGGCCCGGGCCCCGCCAACACCAUGGCGUCUGCGCCCGGAAACAACGCCAUGGCAGCCCAGCCUGGGGCGAACGCCAUGGCGGGUAACCACAGUAACGCAGCGUACCUGAGCAACCAGGCGGCAGUGGCGGCGGCACUGAAGCAGCAGCAGCAGCAUCAGCAGCAGCAUCAGCAGCAGAUCCUGGAGCAGCAGAAGCAGCAGUACAUGCAGAGACAGCAGCUCAUGGCCGAACAGGAGAAGCAGCGGCAGCAGGACCAGCAGCUGCAGAGACACCUGACCCGACCUCCCCCACAGUACCAGGACCAGCCGGGACAACCGGCCAAUCAUAACCCUUUCCCACAGCAGCCAGUCAACCAGUUUACAGCUUCCUCUCAGCCAAUGGGCAGUGUUGGCUCCAUGGGAGGCCCCUCCCCCAGCUCCCAGCGCAUGUUCUCUCAGAACCAAGGCAUGAUGGGUAUGAGCAUGGGGCCUGGCGGCGGGCCUACAGGUGGUGUAGCUCCGCCCUCAGCGGGGAAUCAAAGUGACAUCAACCUGUCGGCCUGCGGGGGUGGAGGAGGCGGGGCCGGUGUGGACGUGCAGCAGGUGCUCUACAACAACAUGAACCUUCACACUAAUCACCCGGCCCACCCAUCUCACCCUCAGCAGCAGCCUGGCCUGCAGCGCCAGCCUCUGGGCCCCAUGAGCGCCUCCUACCGGCAGAGCCUUCUGGCUCAGCAGCAGCAGCAUCUGAAGGCGCAGCCCAAUGCCGCCAUGUUGAAGCAGCAGCAGCUGGCUGCUGCCGCCGCCCGCAUGCCGGGCUCCAUGCAGAACAGUAUGGGAGCGAGCCUGCCUGGCUCCAUGCCCGGCAGCAUGCAGGGCACCCAGAGUGCCGCCUGGCAGCAGCAGCUGGCCAACCAGCCGCCCUCCAGUAACGCCGGCCUGCCCCCCAACGCCUUCAACAACCCCCCUAACGCCUUCCACAUGCAGCAGCAGUCUCGCAUUCCCAAGAUGCCGCCUGGCGCUGCACCCUUUGGUGCAAACCCCGGCGGACGUCCUAUGGGAGGUCUGAACCCCGGCCAGCAGAUGAUGCAAACAAACAUGGCAGCUGCCCAACAGAGGGCGCCGCCCAACCCUCAAAGUCUCGGCCAGCCGAUGGCCAAUCAGCAGCAGACUCAACAGCAACAGGCCAAUCAGAACCAGGCUGUCCUCCCUGACCUGGCGGCGUUCGGACAGCCGCAGGGCAACAGCCGCCAGGGACUGCAGUGUAACCAAGGUUACCAGGUGAGCAGAACUGCCAAUCAGCAGCAGCAGCAGGUGUCGUUCGGAUACAACGUGGCGUCGGGGAGCUUCGCCGGGGAGAGUGAGCUGGUGGACUCCCUGCUGAAGGGUCAGAGCACCCAGGAGUGGAUGGCCGACCUGGACGAACUUCUUGCCAGCCACCAUUAGUUGAAUACACCUGUCUGCACCUGGAGCACCUGAACCCUGCUGAGCUGAGCGGCUGCACUGCUGUACCUGGAAGACGAGCAGCUGACGACUUUCUGCAGCAGCCAUGUUGAAAAAGAGUUCUUGUUUCUGACCAGCACUGUUGUAACGUGUUGACAGAGAUGCAGUCAGGGGGCCGGCGUGUUAGCAUUAGCCACUCUGCUAACAUUGAGACCAGCCAGCUGAUGGUGAAUGUCAGUCCCUCUGUGUUUGAGCUGUAACAUCUGGCUGACUGGUAAAGUUAUGAAGGUCGUUAGUAAACGUUUCUUCAGAUGCUGAUCUGUGGACAAGCUGUUCACUGUCCUGAUAACGAUGAGACUGUGUCACAUUUUAUCAGGGUAGAAUAAAUCACUGAGAUAUGAGCCAGCUGCCAAAUCCAUUGCAAUGCAAUGAAGGAACAUGAGGAUGUUUGGUGUUCCUGCUGGUUAGAGUUCAGUUCCCACAGCAGUCAGAGUGUAGAGUCCUGGUAGUGAUUCUUGAUCAAAGACCUUUUGGUUCAGCAGACAGUCAGCUGAGCGCUGGAGGUUUGAUAUCCAACAGCUGGUAGCAGAUAAAACCAGCUCAGUCACAGCUGGAGCCCUGAUGUGUGUCAUCCUCUUGACUGAGAGGAAUGACACCAGGCUUCAUUCAAAAAUCUGGCAAUUUAACGAUGAGUUGCUGUUUUCAGAGUUACACACCUGGUAGAACAGUAACUUAAAAGCCUUCUCUGAUUCACCAGAGUCUGCUGGUAAAUUCGGGAUACAGGAGAUCCACUGAACACUGUUCAUCUAUACAAAACAGUUUUCAAAAGUGUGUUUGCUGCCAUCCAUCAAAGUGUAGAAGAAAACAGGCAAAACAGUUACGUGUUGAGCUGCAAGCAGUUUAGUUUAGCUCCUUUUUGUGCUCUUUAACUUCACUAUGUUUUAUACUCAAUUAAUCAGUCAUUGAGUUUUGAUUACGAUAUUCAUAAAGAUAGUCACCCUGGUAUAAACGGUUUAAUAACAUCUAUGUCAGUGGACCAGAAUCUGUUGAUUCAUGGUCUAAUUUGUUGUAUCAUCCAACGUCAGUCGAAUUGCAGUUUCAGAGUGCAGUCACCAGCAACAAAAAAGCAUUUCCAAGGUUUUAUUAUUUUUUUUCUAUAUUAACAGAGUAACUUUUAUUUUAUGGGCUGAUAUCAACCAGUUCUGUUUCUACCUCGUGUGUAAAUCUGUAAACGAGCCGCAGACUGAUGUCCAGUCUGCAGAUAAGGAGUGUGUGUAAAUAUAAUCCUGUUGCACACCGCAGUGUUUAUUGAUGACUGGAGACUGAACGGAGGAGGAGUCGUAUUAAGACUACUGAAGCUAUGGCUCAGUGCUAAACCACUGUACCUGCCCCACAGCGCCACCUACAGACCAGCAGCAUCAUUCGGUCGCAGUUUCAAAAACCUUGACGACGGGUCGACUCUCUUACAGUUUUCGUCACUCAGCGGAGAUGAAGUUAAAUCACGCUUAAAGUGGAAAUGGACAAGUUUUUUGCUUUAACUCAUGAUGAAGUAAAUGCUGAUGGCAAAAUUGAUAACGACACCGUCUGCGUUUAGAGCGGUUCACUUUAAGCCUCACUUCACUAUGCAAUUCUGUCUGUACUUGGAUACAAUCUGCGGGAAAACGAAGGCUCAAUUUACGACACAAUGAAGUGCGUCAGCUUUGUUUUCCCUGAAGCUAACGGUAGCUACCCCCAGUUACCAAAGAGUGUCAGUGUGAGAUCUCUGCAGUCACUGUCCCCAGUAGAGGAAGUGGAUGUAGAAACACAGUGGAAAACAAAACGCAGCGUGUCCUCUGCUGUUGGUAGUUUCUGGGCUCUGAGGUGAUCUGGUUGUCUUUGUAAAAGUGGCGCCAACAAUAAUACCACUUGGAAAUGUCAGGGGGUGAAAGUUUAAAAGUUGUCUGUUUCCACUUUAAAAAAAAAACGCAGCUGAUUGUUUCAGAAAAUUAACACGUAAGCAUUAUGUGAUUAAGUCAUUAUAAAGGGCCAUACCGCUGUUUUUGCAUGUUUGACACCAGUUUGCUGCCAAUCACAAAUACUUCUUAUUACUGUGACCGUUUACCAAAACAUCCUGUUGUGUUUUUAAAGAGGUAUUUUCCAGCCUCGACCCUGUUUUCUAUAACUUUAUAUCAAAGCAACUAAUGGGAAAAAAGUUUUUAAAUUGGUCCAGUACUGAGAGAGAGCGCUGCAGCUUGAAGCCGCAAAACAGGAUGUAGUGUACCCACUCGGAGAGAAAACGCACUGUCAGUGUCAAGUGCUCGUUUGUCCUUCGACAGGCUCAGUGUCUGACAAUGAAAACAUUUUCUUAACCUUAUGUUGUUUUGAAGUCUCAGACUUUUUCACAUUUCCGAAAUCUGCUAAAAAAGCAGCCAUGACAUCGAAAUUGUUUAGAUAACUCUCACUGGGAAUCCCACUGGAAGCGAGACGUGAGUGGUGCAUAAAAGUCCUGUCAUCCAAUCCACUCUUGACGGCGUCUUUGUAAACGUCUCAGCUGUCUGUCAGCAGCAGCUCCUUGAAAGCUGAGUGGAAAUAUAACUUGCCUUCACCAGGCUGACAGACAGCAGGAAUUUACUGAACCAAAACGGUUCUCAUGUCAGCUUCACAGAAAGAAAUCAAGUUUGCAUGUGCCCACCGUAGCCAGUGAGAGGAAAUCACAGAUCGGGAGCUGAUAAAUCAAUAUAGAUUUGGUUUGUAAGCAGGGUUUUUGUUCACCUGCCACUGUGACUGGUGCACUGCUCUCCGUCUUCCUGUAACACACCAUGUCUCACUGGAUUUCAGAAUGAGACUUCUCCUUGAGCAAGACUUUAUAGGUCACAAGAACAAACGGACCGGAUUAAGAUGAAGAUAAACAUUUGAUUUCUCUGUCGGGAUUCUGUCUGUAAUGUUGUCAACAAUCUGAGCCUGUCAGUGGCGAAAAUAAGCACUGUUAGUAGACGUAAAUCGACGGUGUGAACGUGCGUCUGGUGCUCACACUGCAGCCUGUUUCAUAGCUGCUCUCUCAUUACUGGACCAAUUUAAAAUAAAUAAUCAUCUCCAUAAGUCACUUAGACACAACAAUAUCAGAAAGGUUGAAAAAUAAUCUAUUUCACUUCAGUAUAAAAAUUAAUCCAUCACAUCAUGUCUGCCCUUUAGUUCUAUAUUACUGUGGUAUCACUUUACCACAACGUGUUACUGUGAUGAAUUAAAAGCAGGCGUGAUGGCUGAGCCAAAAUUCAAACAAGUUAAUUUUCAUACCGUAGGGAAAUAUCUGGAAACACAUGCCGCUAUUUAAAUAUCAACAACAACACAGUGUGUAUUGUUUGACCUGCUGUCGUGUAAAGGGAUAUUUGUUUUAAAGUACUGACUGAGUGGAGCGACUGAAUGUCUUUCAGUCAAGUGUUUUUUGUUUGCACCAGAAUAUCUGCAGUGUGUCAUUCACACUUACAUUUGCAGAAAAUCUUUUUAAAAAACUCCAAGAAGAUUCCAGUUUAUCUAGAUUCACCUGACUGACGUUCCUCCAGUUUUCUGAUCACUUUAAGACGACAGAUCAAUUAACCAGAGGACGCCUGUGACUCAGCUGAUCCUCAGUGAACGUAGCUCCAGUAAAACAUGCAAAAGCAGCCGUAUGUUCCUUUUUAUAAUCUGAGCUUUUAGAGCUCGUGUGAAGAAAAGAAUCGUGACAUGAAACGUGCACACCAACCAGCAGAGACACAAAAGACACUGUAGAUCCCACUCCGAUGUUUUCUGUUUGUUUAGGAUGUAAACGUCGUCAGCAUUAAACCGAGUCAGAGCUCCACUUCCUCCCGCUGCAUUGAGUCCACAGACCAGAGUCCACCUGUGUGUCCAGGUGUCCAUGGUCAGACUCUGAGUCUGCGGGACGACUCCAGUUAAACCACAUUUCAAAUCAGUUCAUGUUGACAUGUUGACGUUUAGUUGUGUGAAACUUUCUGGCUUUAAACUUCAGUUUUCUGACCUGUAAACUUAAACUGAGCUGAUUGGGACGUUUUCCUCCUCACACAAAGACUGACUUUACUUUAUGUUUGUUAAUCUGAAGAUUAUUUUCUUGAUUAAUCGUUUGGUCUAUGAGAAAACAGAGAGAAAAUCCUGUCACAGUCUCCUGGAGCCCAAAGAGACUUCAUCAAAUGUCUUGUUUUCUCCAAACAACAUCUCCAAAUCUAAAAAUAUUCACGUUAUUAAAAUGUGAGAUAGAGGAAAGCAGUGAAUCGUCACGUUUUAGAACCUGGAAAUGUCACAUUUUUGCUUUAAAGAAACUGAAACAAUUUGUCAUCAAAAUAGUCGCAGAUUAAUUCUCACUCGAUUUAACUGACUAAUGGUCGCAGCUCCAGUCGGCACAGAAACAUGAAGCAUUAACCUCGUCUGGUCACGUUUGAAGUUCUCAGUCAUUAGCUCAAUAUUUCAGUGUUUUGGUAAAACUUUUUAGGACUCGACUUCUUGUAGAUUUCAUGUAAAUGCAGGAAGACACUGUUCAGUCUGUGCUACAGUACUGUAGAGCUGCGUUUCAAGUCGAAUUGGAAAAUUAAAUUAACACCCGGUUGCUCAGAAAUUACUUAUAACAGGGUUCCCAUCAUCAUGAAAAUCCUAAAACAUGUCUCGUGUCACCAGCAAUGACGUCCUAAUAAGACUUAUUUAAAUCUCGUGUUCGCUGUGCUGCAUGAUCGUUGAAAUGUCACUAUUAUCGUGUGAUACUCAAGAACCAGACCGACAUUAUCGCUUAGGCCACACCCCAUUUUGGGCCACUGAUCCACUCGGCGAGGGAGAUUGACGGGACAUGACUGCGAUCAACCUUAAAUUAUUAAGUUGUUGUUGUUGUUGUGAACGUUCAGGUUCAGACAAGGUCACAAAACAAUUAUUAGGCAUAUCAACAAACAAAGAAAUUAAGAAACUAUGAAAUUAUGAUCCAAACAAGUCAAAUUGCACUGAAAUCUACAGGAAGUUAGAUUUUCUGGCCUCUCCAAAGGGGCGUGGCCUCGAUGUUGUGUGACGUAAGUGCAUGUGCCGGUCUGGUCUUUUGGUGUACGCAGGUAUUUGGUGGUGGUAGUAAAGUUAGCAAGCGCUAGCAGUUUUCUAAUCCACAGAUGCCUGGGAAAUACAUAUAUGACUGUAUCACUAUACAGGCCCAUCUUUAACUGCCUAAAUACAAAAAUGGAAAUGGGGUAAAAUAUUUGGGCAUUAUUAUCAUUAUUAUUAUUAUUAUUAUUAUUAUUAUUAGGAAAAUUUAUGGCAAAAAAUCUGCAGGAACCCUGUUGUGAGUGGGGACUAUUUUGCCCUGAACGUAGCCUCCCAGGCUGUGCACCUCCUCUCAUCUAAUGCUGCAUUCUUAGAUGGUUAAAUUCAACUUUAUUUAGCAACUUUCUUACAAACAUGCAGCCCAAAGUGCUUCAUACAGCAAAACUGAAAUAACAUGCAAAAAAUAAAGAUAAAUAAUUUUUAAAAAUUACAAGACUAAAAAAGUGCAACAAUAAAAUGUUAAAAAUCAAUAAAUUAAAGUCAUUAAAAUAAAAUAAACACUAGGGAUAAAAAUCGGGUGACAAACAAUGAUUGAGGCUUUAACAUGACUCCAGUUAAAAGCAGAUUAAAAAAAAUAGAUUUGGGGGUUUGAGCAGGUGGAGAAGGUAAAGGGAUGGUCUGCCUGGGAGUCUGAAUUCAGGCAAAAAUGUCACAUGAGCCCAAAGAGGCAAACAUUAAGCCAGAUAUCCUUUGAGCAUUAAUGUUAACGAACUGACAGCAGAUACCCAGUUAUUGUGAUGUAAACAAAAGAACUCAAAUUAAAUGUCUUACAAAAUAUAAAAAGUAUUUCCAGAGUCGAUCAGUAAAGAAAAUUUUCCUGCUUGAAAUCUGGACGUUUUUUAGCGUUAAAGUUUUGAACGCAGCUUUUAGCUCCUGAAAAGUUUCCCAAAUUCAAAAUGUGGCCUUUUUGUUUCCUGUUGUGACGGCGGAUUAAAAAGCUCAAACAUCAAAGUGUUAAAACUACAUCCUGUCAGAUCGGACGGCAGAAGACGAAUUUAACGUUGAACGUGAUGUUUAGAGUUGUGUCCUCACGGUUCUCAUUAUAUAAAUAUAGUCGGACCUUCGCUUCAUGUCCGUGUUCAUCGUCCGAUUCUUCCUCUGCCGUCUGAUCUUUUCUCACUGCUAACCGUCAGUCUGUGUCUCCGGCCUUUUUAAGGCGGAUCUGUGACCAGGUCGUCCUAUUGUUAUGUUGUUAUUAAGGUGGAACUGUGACCCGGUCCUUCUAUCUACUGUACUGUUUUUGACUUCUUCAAAGAAACGUUUGUUGUGUAUUUUAUUUGUAAUGUUAUUAUUGCUAAACAAUAGCUUGGGGCUGGUUUCACGUGUUCAUCCAAAUCGCUGCCGACCGAUCUCCUGCCGAAUCUUCAGCUUCCAGCGUCGCUCGGCCUCCCGGGGUUUCUGGGUUUAACUGUGUAAAUGUCUAUAAAUAUAUUUUUUUGUAUGUAUGCCUUUCCUAAUGAUCUGGAGAAGAUAGAUGUUAUUUUUAUAUAUUGCAGCGGAUUUUUUGUAAGUAUUUUAUACUUUUGAUAUGGUUCUCUGUAAAACAAGAGUAUUAUGUAAAUAUAGUUCUUUAGAAACA